GACUGCCAGUCAAAUGUGCCAGAAAUGAGGUGUUCUAGCAGGAAUAUAUCUGAAUAUAUUUAGUGAACUAAUAAUGUAAUAUGGCCAGGUGAAGGCCUUUGUGGGUUGCCAGUUUUGCUCUGCUUUCUGUGCAGAAAUGUUCCUCAAAUCGUACUUAGGGAGCUCUAAAGUUCGAGAUGUGAUCUAAGGACAGUGGAACUUCGUUCAGGAAACAUGGCGAAUCAUUCAGUACCGUCUUCAAACGCAGGCGGAGUGUGGAACCGUUUGUCGAAAGAUGAGUUCCAACAGCUACAGGAGUACACAAAAUAUUCAAACACAAGUCGCUUGACAGAUGUCCUCAAACAAUUCAGAGAUGGAGUAUAUCCUAAGUACAACCCAGAGCAGCCUAUGGACUAUGAAGGCUUCAAACUAUUUAUGUUUGCUUACCUGGGUGAUGAUGCCAACGAAGACAUCUGCAAACAUUUGUUCAGAGCAUUUCACAAAGAGGUACCAGUCAUGAGCUUGCAAUCUCCCUCCUUGUCAGUAGGUGUGUCUCAGACCAUCCUGGAUAAUAUGGCUGCAGGAAGUGCAUCCAAGUCAUGUUCUUCACAAGACCUUACAAAGCCAGAUCAAAACAGAAGAGUUUCAGAACUUCCUGGUAUUCACAGUGGUGCAGGGACAGCAGCUUUAGUCGCAGCUGCUACAGCUAUAGCAGCUGGUCAUGGGGGCGACAAACCAAUAAUAAAACUAUCCAAAGCCAAAGAUGAAGAACCUCAGAAGGAGAAUAAUAAAAACCACGACAACAAUGUCAACAGUAAAUCUAAAAAUGAGACUAAAGAUGUUACAUUCAGUCAAACACUGUCGCCUCAAGACUCGUCCACUUUAGGUUUGGGGUCAUGGGGCAAAAAGUCUUCUGAAAAACACCAAUUUCGUCGCCACUCCAGUGGUUCAUUCGUCGCAUUCAAGGUAGCCAAUGAGCACCCUCCACAACAACCUAGGUCAAGUUCUCAGAGAAAGAAAACAUCUUUUGAGCAGUCUACAUUACUAAAUGCGUCUGCGCCUGUGAAGACUGUGAAAAUGGUGUCUAUACGAGAGAUUGCUUGUUAUUUAUCGAUGCUAGAGGGUGGCAAGGUUGAAGAUAAACUUGAAUUUGUUUUCAGAGUUUACGAUGCAGAUGGCAAUGAGCUCCUCGACGCCCAGGAACUGGAGUGUAUUACACAACAGAUGAUGAACGUGGCCCAGUAUCUUGGAUGGGAUGUUACUGAAUUAAAACCUAUAUUACGAGAUAUGUUAGUUGAACUCGACGAUGACUGUGAUGGCACUAUAUCCCUAGAGGAGUGGAUUAAAGGCGGUCUGACGACUAUUCCUCUUAGAGUUCUUCUUGGUCUUGAAACGCAAAUACGAGAUGAUGGUCAACAUCAGUGGCGUCAGAAACACUUCAACAGACCUGCAUACUGCAACAUGUGUCACAACACACUGAAUGGAUUUGGUCGUAAACAGGGAUUACAAUGUCUGUUUUGCAAAUACACCGUACACGAACGAUGCGUACAAAGAGCACCCGCAUCUUGUAUUAAUACGUACGUCAAAUCUAAGCGAACUGGGAAAAUGAGUAUGGAUCAUCAUUGGGUGGAAGGUAAUUGCCCUGGCAAAUGUAACAAGUGUAACAAGACGGUCAAGAGUAAUAAUUGUUUGACGGGUCUACGUUGUGCCUGGUGCCAGAUGGUGUGUCAUAACAAAUGUGCUACGAAUAUCAGUCCUGAGUGUAACUUAGGGUUACAUAGAGACCAUAUUCUGCCUCCAACAAGUAUUUCACCUGCAGGAUUGGACAAACGAUCGAGCACAGACGUAGACAGUCCCAAAAAGAAGGCCAAUUCUUAUGCUAGUUUUGAAGGGAUGCCCAUGCAGAUCACUCCAUUACCAGGCACUCAUCCACUAGUAGUGUUCAUUAAUCCAAAGAGCGGUGGACGCCAAGGCUCAAGGCUGCUUCACAAGUUCCAGUACCUUCUCAACCCGCGACAAGUUUUUAAUUUGGGAGAUGGAGGCCCCGUACCAGGGUUGAAGUUCUUCCAGAAUGUGGCAGGGAGUCGAAUUCUUUGUUGUGGUGGAGAUGGUACAGUAGGAUGGGUUCUCUCAACGAUAGAUCGUCUUCAAAUGAAAGUACGUCCACCCGUGGCUAUUCUCCCGCUGGGAACUGGCAACGACCUGGCCCGAUGCCUUAAAUGGGGUGGCGGUUACGAGGGUGGUAGUAUAUCCAAAUGUCUCACCCAAGUACAGAGAGGCUCAGUAGUGAGUAUGGACAGAUGGCAAAUGGAUGUUUCAGACGUAGAUGCGUCGGAGACGGGUGAUCCGGCCCCUCUGAAUAUCAUCAAUAAUUAUUUCUCUAUUGGAGUGGACGCUUCUGUUGCGCUCAAAUUCCACUUGCAGCGAGAGAAAAAUCCUGAGAAAUUCAACAGCAGGCUGAAGAACAAGUUUCGAUACUUUGAGUGCGGCACAGCUGAGACGCUUUCUGCAACGUGUAAAAACCUACACGAAGCCAUAGAAUUGAUUUGUGACGGCACGCCUCUGGAGCUCCCUCAGCUUGAAGGCAUCGCAAUAGUCAACAUUCCCAGUGUGUAUGGAGGUGCCAACCUGUGGGGAGACACUGACAAGAAGAAAAGCAAGAAAGUCCGUGGGAAGGGUGGGAGCAGAGAGAAUGACUUGGCUUGGGCCGUGCAGGAUAUUGGUGAUGGGAAACUAGAGGUGGUUGGACUAGAGAACACCCUGUACGUGGCUCAGAUCAUUGGUGGUGUUCGUGCACAUGGACUAAGACUGGCACAAUGCUCUUCUAUUGAGAUAAGGACCAAGAGGCUAUUUCCAAUGCAGAUAGAUGGAGAACCUUGGGUCCAACCAGCAGCUACGAUAAAAAUCACUCACAAAAACCAAGUUCCAAUGCUGCAAGGACCGCCGCCUGCCAAGUCGUCUUUCUUCUUCAAACGGAAACAAGCAAGGGAUCCUGAACUAGAAAGUGAAAUUUAUCCCGACCAAUCAAAUGGCCAAGUUAAAGGGUGCCUUGGAUUCCACUUCUAGCCACGUCUGUCCGUCUGUCUGUCUGUCUGUCUAUCUCUCUAUCUGUCUGUUCUAUCUUGGAUUCACUUGCUUUGACCAUCAUUCUCUUCAUUGGAGAGCUUUCAGUACAAUUGACCAAUCAACGCAGGGGGAUGUGCGUACGUUCGUUCGUUCGUUACCAAGGUUUGGUGCAAAGUAUAUAAACAGCUUUAUUGUCGUAACCAAUAUCUAAAAAAACUCUCAAGCUACUGAUAGAUGUCCAGGAUAUAUAUUAAGAAUAUAUAGAGUAUCAAGAAUAAAAUAGACAAAGUAUCUAUAUAUGGGUUAUAUGCAGGUCUUCAAAAGUGGGUUAUAUAAUGAUAAAAGCAUAUUAUCAUAAUCCAGCUCUAGGUGUAAAGUGUAAAAAUGCUGGAAUAUUGUUUUAAUUCUAGUUGUGUAAAAUGUUAGUGCAUAUAUCUUAUGAGAAAAGUAUUUAUGAAUUAGUUCAAUAUGAACUUUACUAGUUUCCCCAUAGUAAUACAAAGAGCGACCUUACACAGAGGUAGUGUUGUAUUACUGGUGCAUAUAAUGAUAUAAUGAUAGGAUCGUGUCUUAGUCAGAAGCUUCCAUUUUAAAUUGAAUGUGAUUUAGUCUAACUAACGAAAUUCUGGUAAAUUAGGGCUCCACCUUUUCGCUAAUAUUAAACAAUUAAUCUGCGAUUUACAUGGUGUGGGUCAUUAAGGCAAUAUUGUUUCACUAUGGYUAUGAUUUCUAUCCAAAAAAAGUAGAAUUUGAUGGACCUUUGUCAAUGAUGUGGUUUGAAUGCUCUAUCUGAGCAUAUGAAAAGACAAGGGACAGAGUAGACCCCUUGCUGGUGUCGUCAAGAAGCAUCUCAAUUUGGAGGACAAAACAAAAGAAUUUCAAUCUUCAGAGAAUUGGAAAUCUUUCGUUAUGUCUCCAAAUUAAGCUGCAUUCCGACGUGCUACAAGAGGUCUAUUGAUUCAUCCAAGUUAAGACGAUUCGGCAUGUUGUCAUUAAGACGAAAACGUUAGGUUGUAGAUCACUCUGGGUAGUAUUGAGUGUGCAAGUGGGUGAUUAAUUAAACGUACCGUCGCUACAUCCUAUUGAUCCGGUGUAUCCCGGGGGUUAUGUCACCACGGUAUUGGUUAGCUGCCCGGGUGGUCAUCGAUCUUUCAAACCGGCUUUUCUCCUCGUAGUGUCUAGCUGUUGCGCUUAAAAUCGAUUUUGGCUUUUGGAUUUCUAACUAUGAACUGAUUCAAAAUUGUCUUAUUUUACCAUUUUUAUUCCUUGACGGUUCUAAUCCUGCCAUUAGGUUUAGGAAGUCUUUGUUUUAUAAAUGAUUAAGAAAUAUAGUGGUGAUCUUGGCUAGAUAUUAGUGUUCAUGCGAAAUCAUGGCCGCCAUAUUGGAUGGCACCUGACAUGUCGGUCAUCCAACAUGGUUGUCAAUUUUUCACUACCUUGCAUUGAUUUAAUCCAAGAAUAAGCGUUGUGUUUGGGGAUUCGUGUAUUUAAUUAAGUCGUUCAAAAAUUCUCUAUAGGUUCACAAGCCAAUGUAUUUGCAGAGAUCAAAUUAAUUGAAAUUUAGGCUACGCUUGUAUGGCUGGUAAACUUGGCUAGUGGCAAUUAAAAGCGAGCGAUUUUCUAAUAAGUCGGCCAUGUAAGUCUAUCCUAAAAUAAAUAAUAAUUCUAAUAAUAGAUUAUAUUAAGUAGCGGCUACGUCUAACCUUUGUUAAUAUAGUUUACUUUAAAGGCGAUAUUCAAGGGAAGCAGAUAAGCUAUGUGUUCUUUAGAAGACACUAAGUAACUUGAGCUAAAUGUACGUUUUGAAAAAUGGAGAAAGAGCUCAGAAUAUCUUCUUCCGCAUUUGAAUUAAUGUGAAGAGUAGAAUAAUUAUUACAAGGGUUAGAUGUAUCCUUUUAAAUCAAUCUUCUUCUUUAUCCAAUGAGGCGACUCCCUCAGCUUAUAAAAUCAAGAUAAGGUUGUCAUGACGAUGAUUUGAAAUAAACUACGUCUCUAUAGUAACGGUGGACUCUCCUAAUGACCGUCGCUUGACAGCUUUGUUGUAAUAUGUUAAUGGAUACGAGCAGGUAUUUGAAGGUUACUUUUGUUCCCGGCUCAAAACAUUCCAGUGCAAAAAGGGGCAAUUUUUGUUUCUUCAUUGGAAAAAGAGGAAAAAUUUUAAAUCAGAUAUUAUAAAUCAAAGAAAGAGAUGUUUAUUUAAUGAUCAAUCAGUUACUGUUGUUGCUGUUGAACAGCAUCUUGAAGCAGAAGAAAGGAGUUGAUCCUCCAUUCCGUGUAUUCACACUGGGCCGAACUAAGCUAUUCAGAAAUACAGUAGUAUUAAAAUAGAUUUAUUGACUUUAGGGCAUCAGGGUGAAUUACACUAUUAAAGUUGAUGUGAUGGUAAAAAUGAUUCAGUCAAAA